AUGCAAUCUCAUCAUACUGCACCUGGUUUGUAUGGAAAACCAUUUCCUCACUUUGACAACUUGGAUGUUGUAUUUGGAAAAGAUAAAGCAUUUGGUAUUACAUCAGAAAGUCCAGUAGAGCACACUUAUAACAUUGUGAAAGAAUAUUUCCAACUAACACAAGGGAAUGAGUUUGAAUUCAAUUUGAAUGAAGGUGAAGAGAACUAUGAGUCGAAAGUCUCGGAAAUGCUCACCUAUAAAGAUACUCAAGCACCAAGUCAGGUAAAUCAAUCACAAUGUGAGGCUACAUCAAACAGGACUGGAAAAUGUGUGGGUAAAAGGGUAAAGUAUAAUGAUGAUGUUUAUGAUGGUUUAUUAACUUCAUUGAACAAUUUAGGUGAGUUUUAUGUUGUGAACAUGGAAGGUGAGUGGAGUGGUGUUAUGUUAGGAUUGGGUGAAUGGUUGUUGACAGAAGGCGGUAUUCAGAAGGAUUCGGGGAAGAUGAUGGUUUGA